AUGCCGACUGUAAUCCAAGAAGACAGCCCAGCCCUGUUUGGAGGAAACGCCGAGGCGCGCCCUCGGAUCUCCGCACCCCUCGAGGACUCUGGUAGCUUGGACGGCUACCAGCGCCAGGAUCUUACUCCUGUGAUUGGGACCGAGUAUGAAGGGCUCCAGAUCGUCGAAAUUCUGCGGUCGCCAAAACGCGACCAGCUGAUUCAGGACCUGGCUGUUACUAGUAAGAGCUCUCUGGUCCUACGGACCGCCGGUGUCAUACUAAUUCUGGUAGUCUCGACACGCGGAGUAGUCUUCCUCCGGAACCAGGAUGUGACACCACAGCAGAUGCGGGAGUUUGCGGAGAGAUUGACCCAAUUGGCAGGCUGCCCAGAAUCGUCCGGACUUCAUGUCCACCCGCUGACGGAGGAGGGCAGUGAACUGGGCGAUCAGAUCAGCGUCAUCAGCAGCGAGAAGCAGAAGAAAGGCGGCGGCCUCACGCACCAGCUGAGCGAUGUCAGUCGGUUUGCUUCUGCUGGCUGGCACAGCGAUAUCAGCUUCGAGCGAGUUCCGUCCGACUACGCCAUGCUCAAGAUCCAUACUCUCCCCGAGACCGGCGGCGAUACGCUAUGGGCAUCAGGGUACGAGGUCUACGACCGUCUGUCGCCUGAGAUGGCGGCCUUUCUAGAGCGCCUGACAGCGACCCAUGAUGCUACUUUCUUCCAUGAUGAGGCGCGACGGCUGGGCAAUCCCCUGCGGAAAGGGAUUCGAGGGUCGCCGCUGAACCACGGCGAGGAGCUUACGGCGGUUCAUCCAGUCAUUCGAACCAACCCGGUUACCGGGUGGAAAUCAGUCUAUGUUAACAAAGGCUUUACCAAGCGCAUCAACGGAGUGACCAAGGACGAGUCGGAUGUGCUUCUGCAGUAUCUCUUCAAUCUUGUCACACAGAACCACGAUGCACAGGUCCGCUUCAAAUGGCGGAAGAAUGAUAUGGCGAUCUGGGAUAACCGGUCGACCUGGCACUGCGCGACGUAUGACUAUGCGGAGACCCGAACUGGUGAUCGGGUAUGCAGUCUGGGGGAAGCGCCGUUCUUGGACCGUCGAUCCAAGUCCCGGAAACAGGCUUUAAGCGAGGGGCAUUGA